AUGUUCCUAAAUAGAACAAUAUUAUAUAUUAUGGAUCGGCAUGGCAAUACUAGUAACAAUAAAAGAAAAUUCCUGAUUAUUUGGCAGAGACCCGAAUUGUUUAGUAUACAACCAAAAAAUUAUACUAUAACUAUUGCAUUAGAAGGAAAAAGUCACAAAACUAAAAAGAAACUUCCUUCCUAUAUUGUGAUUACAUAUCUGGUGACUUCCAACCGAAGUCAAUGUGUUUCUGGAGCUGCCGGGGAACAGUCUCUUAAGCCAGCUCAAAACCAGGUACGAUGUGUCUAUUCUGCUGUCCGGGAAGAAAAGUGA